AUGCGCACGCAUCUCAAGCAAACUCGUGAAUUUAUAUCUUUAUAUUUUAUUGUUAAAUUAGUAUGUUAGUGAAAUAUAGUUGUUAGAAGUGAAAGAGACUUUCUUUGGGGCACCUCCCAUCGCCCAACCAUCUCAGCAACCCUGGAGACUCGCCAGAUUUGAAGAUCUCCACUUUUGCGUCCGACCUAACCUCACUCAGAGUGAAGCCAUCUUGACCACACCGAAUUGCCAUUUUCUGCACGCCGACUUGCCAACACACCGAAGCGCCCCCUUGGAAAAUCCGGUCAAUUCUCACCGGAGAUUAAUUAACGCAUGUAUUUACAGGUGUGUGUAUGGCUCAUCAUUGUUGGUAUCAAUUGCUUCAAAGGACUUUAUUCUAAUUGUUCUUUUCUUUCGCCUACCCUACAAAAGGUGUGUAAGGCUUACCUACGAGGUACUCUAUGAUGCUGAGGGUUAUUUUCUAAUAUCCUUUUCUUUUCAUCUACAACCUAUAAGGUGUGUGUAUGGCUCAUCAUUGUUGGUAUCAAUUGCUUCAAAGGACUUUAUUCUAAUUGUUCUUUUCUUUCGCCUACCCUACAAAAGGUGUGUAAGGCUUACCUACGAGGUACUCUAUGAUGCUGAGGGUUAUUUUCUAAUAUCCUUUUCUUUUCAUCUACAACCUAUAAGGUAAAUCUCUCAACAUAUGGUCCUUCGUCCUUUGCGAACUGCCUUGUGGACACCACCGCUGUGCCUCUACAAUCACGACCUACGCCAUACUGAAUCACAAUGAGUACUCUUUCCCUUGAUGUUCUCGAACGCAACCAGCGAGCCACCCUACGGCAACUGAAGCGGCUGUUCAGCACCGUUCAGGACGCUAAACUGGUGGACACUGUGGCCAAGUGCAAAUCUCUUCUUGAAUCACUCGUGGAGUACAAGACAGAAUUUGUCCACACUCAAUCGGCUAUCUUUGAUCGUCUUGCUGGGAAAAAUGAAGAACUUCAGAAGCGCGAAGAGGAGUACAACAAUUGCCUGGACGCUUGCACACAGGCAACCCUUUUUCUCAGAGAACAACUUGUCAUGCUGGAUGCCCCGACCACACCAGCUGGUGGCUCGCAAGGCGCAGAAAGCUACUCUUCAAACGAACUGAAACUAAUUCUGCGGGAAUUGGUGAAUGCGACGUCAGGCCGUCCCAGUGGCGCCACGCCGAAGCUCCCACAGCUGGAGCUCCCCAAAUUCAACGGGGAAUACUCAAACUGGCAGUGCUUCAAAGAUGCGUUUGAAAGCACUAUUCACAAACGUACUGAUCUCACAUCAAGUCAGAAGCUCCAAUACCUGAAGUUGUCACUUACCGAUGAUGCCGCGAAGUUCGCACAACACGUGAAAGUCACUGAUGAGAACUACCAAGCGCUAUGGGAUGGCCUUCAGGGACAAUUUGGGAAAAAGACACACAUUGUACACGACUGCAUUGACAAGUUCUUGGCGCAACCGAAGAUGAAAGAGAGCUCCUUGCAAUCUCUGAAGGAUCUCACGCACAAUAGCAAGCGCAUCAUUUGGGAACUCAAGAACUUGGGCUCUUCUUAUUACACACUCGAUUCAUGGAUAAUUUAUCUCAUGAAAAAUCUGUUGGACGAAGAUACACGCAAAGCAUGGGAGGAGAAGCGUGCUGACGACAACUUGGCUACUUUGGAUGAGUGGUUCAAAUUCCUCGAAAAGAGAAUCGAUGCAAUGGAACUCUGGGCGCCCAAGGACUCGGCCGUGGGUGGCAAGCAGGACAAGAAGCCCCAAACUCAGCCCAAAGCUACAGUGAAGUCACACCACACAGACACUCUGAAGUGUCCACACUGUUCUUCGUCACAUUAUCUCUUUCAGUGCCGUGAGUUCAAGUCGGUUACACUCCCGGAAAGACGACGAAUUGCUUUCAAUCUCAAGGCAUGCUACAACUGUCUCAGAACAACUCACAUUGCUGAGAAAUGCCAAUCACAAUCUACUUGUCGUGAUUGCAAUCAAAAGCAUCAUACAUUGCUGCAUCCGGACGAUGUUCCUGCAGCAUCGCAAUCCCCUGAAAAUGCGCCUCCUGACCAGCUUCCGGAGGCCCCUGUGGUUGAACAGAGCCUCACUUCGCAUCACACAGCAACUCAAAACCGUGUUUUGUUGCCCACUGCGCUCGUGAAGGUUGCUGAUAAACAUAGGCAACAACAAAUCUGUCGCAUUCUCGUAGAUACCGGGGGAGAAUGCUCCUUUAUCUCCGAGACUUGUGCAAAACGUUUGGGACUUCCUCGACGCAACGGCCGUCUUAGCGUCAACGCUGCUGGGGAGGUCACUGUAGCUCAUACAAAGGGUCUCAUCUCAGCUGUGCUUACCUCACUCCACGAUCCGGGGGAGCACAUUCAAACUGACGUUUAUGUGCUCUCAAAACUCACAUCGUUGUUCCCAACUGACAAGAUCGUUGAGCCCCCAUCUUGGCAGCAUCUGAGGACACUACAGCUGGCAGAUCCAACUUUCGACACACCUGGUGAAAUAGACAUUAUUCUCGGAGGGGAUUAUGCUCUAGCGAUCAACUUGCCACAGAUUAUCCACAGUGAAUCCGGCGUUCCUGUGGCACAACUUACAAUCUUUGGGUGGAUUCUUGGUGGGAAAAUUGGUGACCCAUCUCGCAGCGUUACCUCCUUCCAUUCCACACUCACACUGAACAAUUCUUUGACACCUUUUUGGGAGAUCGAGGAUUCAACUCACCCAGAGGUUAACUUCCUCACUGAGCAGGAACAAAUCACCAGGGAACAUUCCGUGGAUGUUUCCAACACAUCAAACAGCCAAGCGAUUCUUGCAUUGGAGCCCAUGACGAUGGAUCCCGUGGGGAAUGAGCUUGCACUCGAGGAAUUCAUUGAGCACGACAAGUCCGAUGGGUUUUCUCACAUGGCCACUUCCGGGCCCCCCAGCAAAUCUUCUCACUCAAAGCAUUUCUUUUCUAUCAGUGAUGUUCUUGCUAUUGUGCCAACAAUCCAGCAAGAUGUGGUGUCACAUCUUUUCAAUUUCCGGACAACCGAACUUGCAUUCUUGUCAGAGAUUGAAGAGAGGCAUAGACAGGGAGUAGUGGCACCACCCAAUGGAGACUACCAACGGAUCCUCAGGCGUGACAGCACCCAGGAUGCCAUUCAUGAGUAUCGUCUCACAAAAUCUUCAUGCGACUCAACCUUUGUGUCGUACAUUUCUGCAAAAUUCCUUCCGCUAUCUGUACUGGGCAAAGCGAAGGACUUCUCUAAGUCAUCACGUGUAAUCCCCGUGGGAUUCUACAUGUAUGGCUACUCCCGGACUGAGACAUUGGAGUCGGCAAGGAAACUGAGACUCGAGAUUCAGACUACUAUGGCUCGCAGCGAGUUCCAAAAGCAAAAGUUGUCUUCGAAUUCUUCCGCAGUGCUCAGUGAAAUUCCCUCUGAUGAUUUGGCAGUGACCCCAGCGGAUGUCAAUCACUGCUCCAAGUCAUUCUCAGCACCCGAAACUCAUUGGUCACAGGACGGUGACACACACUCACGGGCACCUGGCUCUGUGAGUGCACUCAACAGCUCUACAAACGUGUCGGAAAAGGGAUCAGCAGCAGUGACUCACGCCCGAGGGAUAGACCAAGACAGCACACACCAGGUUAAGCUCUUGGCUCUUGAAACUCGCGUAGUUGCUCCAAAACUCCCAACAAUCCCACGCCUGAAAACCAGCUACUCUUUCUUCCACACGAGUGCUCUCAAGGAAGUCAAAGAGAUGCACUAUUUCUGGUCAAUCUUCAUCAUUGCUUGGCUAGAAUCUACAAUUGGACUCAACAAUCUACCGUCCCAUCCUGCGAUUCAAUCGAAGCUCGUAGCUUCAGGCGUCAAUCCUGCUGAUGGCAUUCAUCAUCUAGCAUCUCUCUACCCUGUGAAGAGAUCUCCUGCAAUUGAGUCGCACCGGCCGACAAAAACUCCUGCAUCUCACGAAUUCGACUCUGCAAAACGCUCAACAUUUCAUCUGCCUCCUUUAACCUGGAUCUGAAUUCUUGAGUUUACACUCAACCGGGGGAGAAUGUCCGAGAACUUUCCUCGGAUAUGUCGCGGAGGAAAUGUUUAGUGGGAGUUCGUUUUCAUCCUUCUGCUCUCUCUUGUAAAAUGGAUUCCGAUGCGCACGCAUCUCAAGCAAACUCGUGAAUUUAUAUCUUUAUAUUUUAUUGUUAAAUUAGUAUGUUAGUGAAAUAUAGUUGUUAGAAGUGAAAGAGACUUUCUUUGGGGCACCUCCCAUCGCCCAACCAUCUCAGCAACCCUGGAGACUCGCCAGAUUUGAAGAUCUCCACUUUUGCGUCCGACCUAACCUCACUCAGAGUGAAGCCAUCUUGACCACACCGAAUUGCCAUUUUCUGCACGCCGACUUGCCAACACACCGAAGCGCCCCCUUGGAAAAUCCGGUCAAUUCUCACCGGAGAUUAAUUAACGCAUGUAUUUACAGGUGUGUGUAUGGCUCAUCAUUGUUGGUAUCAAUUGCUUCAAAGGACUUUAUUCUAAUUGUUCUUUUCUUUCGCCUACCCUACAAAAGGUGUGUAAGGCUUACCUACGAGGUACUCUAUGAUGCUGAGGGUUAUUUUCUAAUAUCCUUUUCUUUUC